AUGGCCAGUAGCCGGACGCUUCGUCUGACUUCAAUGUGGUCACUGGAGGACCGAGGGAUCUCAGAACUCCGAGACAAGCUUAAUGCAUUGAAUCCCACCGCUUCGAUGAAGGUCGAAUAUCUACGUGAUAGACAUAUCUUGGUUGUCACUGGCCAGUUCGAUGAAGAAUUUGAUGUCGAAGUCACAUCACUGCUUGCAGAUUAUAUCCAAGAGCAUUGUCGCAAUGAUGAUUUACUCGAUAUGCCGAGAGUGCGUCAACUUCCAACCUCGGCCCCCUUCGAUCCCACUCCCCUUCCCGCCUAUGGAAGUGAUGUGCAGCCAGAUGUGGAAACCCUAGUGGAGGAUAUCAUGCCGACACAAACCACUAGCGAUGGACACAUUGUCAAGUUCUGGUAUCCCUCGCAGGCGGGGUUAGGUCCCAUCUCUCGUAACUUGGGUCCUCUCCUGUCUCGCAUCUCCCAAAUGACGGAAACGCGAAUUACAGUGCAGGGCACCCGAGGGCUCCGUAUUUCUGCACAACGCAUGGACGACAUCAAAGAUGCAGGUGAUAUGCUCGACGCCGUUGAGGAAUGCUUGGACCUCAUUGAGAACCCAAACCGAGGCCUGGUCAUCUUUACCCCCAAACGGGAGAAUGCUACCUUUCGCAUCAUGCCAUACGGACAGAUCAGUGCCACUGCCCUGUGGCGCAUUUUAAUCGACCGAAAUGCUCCUCUUCGCCUCCCAAAAAUAAUGACUCUGGUGGUCUGUGGAUUCGACGAGCUCGCCAACGAAUUCCGUCCACUUCGCAAACUUCGGCAGCCGCCGCAAGUGGCCCUGAAGGAAUCGGGCAUUGCUCGAGACUGGGAAGGUUAUCAUUUUCCAGAGAUCGGUCUGAAAAACGAUCCCCUUCUAGGGAAAAUUGAUCGACAUCUCCCGCCCAAAAGUGAGACCUCCCAUGAGAAGAGCGAUACUCAGCACCCGUAUCUCUCUACCGGGAAGGCAAAAGAUGUCAAUAAAUGGAUAUCUCGCGGUGCCACUAAAGAGCCUUUGGCAGGCGACAGCCAUAUGAAAAGACAACUGGAAGAUGACCCCACAUCCACCGAGCGUGUUGCCUCCAGCACUCCACCUGAGCCCGACAUUUCCACAUCAUGGCGCCAGAGACAGUCGAGUCCAUUCAAGCCCAAGCUCACAGGCGUCAAAGGGCGCGUGGUUAUGCUACCAGAUGGAACUGUAGCACUGCCUAGCCAGUCUCAGCAAGAAAAGCCAAUAGACAUACCUUAUGGCCCGAAUAGUUCCAUAUUUAGCAGACUCAGCUAUAGAGAGAGGGUCAGGGACCAACAGGUAGCCGGUUCGUCUGCCUCAGUCACUCAAGAAAAAAGACUGGUUAGUACUCUUCGCGGCGCGACUGACUCCACUGCUCCAAGUGCAGCUUCCAAACAGUCGGGCGCAAUGUCUGAGGGAACAGAUCCUGCGGCUUCUACCUAUUCUACCUCGACUCAGGAACCAAAGUCAAAUCCCACCCCUCGUCUCCCACUUUUAUCCACUCCUUCGGGUACAGUCCCCAAACAGCCGGAAGACACAUCAUAUGCCGCUGAUUUGGCAAUCUCUCGCCCUUCCCAACAAGAAGAGCUGACUAGUACUUUGCGUCAACCAAUUCGCUUUAGUUCACCAAGAGUCAACAGGACCCAGCCUUUCAUUAUAACCGAGGCAGUGAAUUUACAGGUGAAUACAAAGCCUCAAGGACGAAGUGUUGAUUCGGUGAUGGGGGAGAUAAAGCUAAUGCUUCAGACGGCCAAGACUACGAGGGAAACUGGAAUAGAGGAAGUGUCCAGCAAACCAUCGACAACAGAUCAAAAGCAGUCAAGCACCACAUCCACUCAGCUGGAUCUCAGCACAAAGGAAACAGAAAGCCACAUCCCCCUCAUUGAUCUUGAUUGCGAAGUGGUAAGCUUCAAUAAUGGUCUUCGACACGCUGUCGCGUUUGAUCCGCUAGCUACAGUCCUAUCAAUCGUUCCGGAGCAGUCUACAGAUGCUCAGCAUAACCAAUUCCACUAUGGCGAGGCUCCCACUUUUGCCGAAACUGGUGACAUUUUUGAUAUGCCCAAUAUUGACGACACAAGUAUGAAACCUGAGCUAACUCGGAGCAUCUCUCCCUGCCCUGAGCUAACUCAUGAUCCGAUAAUCCUCCGUGCGGCGAUCCCAGCCCCUAUUCCUAGCGAGUCUGCUCAACUAGAGUUCGCUACAGAUGUGCCGUUGCCUGAUUCAGAAGUUGCUGACUCUCAUGAUGAGGCCGACGUAUCGGAAGACGAACAGAAACAUGAACAGGCUCCAGAAUACCGCAGCAAAGCCGAUGAAGUAGCAAUGGAAUAUCUGCUCAAGCAGAUCAAAGACAAUCCUAGCCAGGAAAUUCUCAAUAUCGACGAGAUUGCGCUACCACUUGAUGCUACUCUUGGUGCUCCUGCACCUCGAGGUCUGUCUUCGGGCUCGUGUGACAGCACUCUGCAUCAUGGUGUUCAGCAACGUCAUCACCCUUACCAAGGGAAUGAGAAUGUGCCAUCUCUUCAUCCAGGCCUCAUUGAUAUCUCACCCCGGGUGCUUUCUCUUCGCUUGGGGACGUCUAGUCCUGGCUCUUUGCAAAAUUCCGACUCCAAAAGUGAUGAGCAAGAUGCAGAACCAGUAGUUGACGAAAAGCUGGCUGUUCUAGAGGAGAUUCAGACAAGAGAAUUCCACGAGACAAUGUUUCAUCAGCGGCCUUCUGACAAGGCUUUUCAAUGGGUGGAUGAAGUAACCAGGGCAGUGAGAAGGGCAAAGAUUGAAGUCUACACUGCCAAUUCAUCGCAGCGAAGGGAAAACACCGAAACAAAUGCAGAGAAUACAGCAAAGGCUGAAGCUCCCUUUGCUAAGGUCUGGCAGCGAAGAAUAGGAUCUAAAUCAACAGAAGGAUGGUCACAAAAAGACACUGCUUUGCCCAUGAAGAUGGCUGUGAAAUCAUCAGAGGAAAAAAAGCUCAUUCGUGAAUCGACAGAGGGCCUCUUUCGCUUCCUAGAACCAAUUCUUGAUGCAGUUCGCAGCUUUCCUGGGGCGUUGAGCCUCCAAAUCCAGUUCGGUCUUAUUUUCAUGCCCAGUUUGCCAGCUUCAACCAAAGAGAGGGAGAUGAGCUACAAAGCGGUUCACCAGCUGUUCUUCUCUGAGCAUAACUUGACCCCACCUCCAGUCUCAUUUUUCCAGCGCUUGACUUCAUCUCCUGCGGAUAUUGACUACCUCGUCGAUUUGGAGUCCAACCAAUGUCGCCUGUUCGAUCACAAGUACAGCCACCGAGGCGUGAAAUACGAGUUCUGGUGCCAUGUUGGUCCGAACAGGAUCAUUAUUAUUUCAGUUAAUGAACGUGGAAAUGCUAUGAUUCGCUAUCCUGAAUUCUCUCUAGGCAUCGUGCACUUGAGUUUCCCUUCCCAGGUGUGGGAUGCAGCUGCUAAAGUACAAGGCUUUGUCGAAUACAUUACGGGGGCUGACCCGGCGCUUGACGAAGCUGCACGGAUGAUGGCCAAAAGCAUACGGAUAGAACCAAGCAAUCACUAUCUUCGUAUGAUCGUCCGCCUUCCCACCGACUCGAAGAUCAGAAUUGAUCAGGUGUUUAUGGAACGGUGGAGCCGUCAUCCUUACCGUUCGGAAAGGAGCAAGGACUUGUUUCUCCAAAUCAGCGAAACCCAAGAACUUUUUGGCAUCCCCUCCAUCCUAACAUCGGAAAUCAAGGUUUUCCAGAACGCCCCGCUUGAGCAAAUGGCCAAGGAGGGAAAGCAGUGGUGGCAGGCCUCGAUUGUCAGCAGCAAAGUGGACGAGAUCCUGAAAUCAAAUUCCUUCGUUGAGCCUGGCGGACGCAACGAGUCCUGGUGUGCGACAGAUCUCCUCGGUGCAGACAUCAUGAAUGUCAUCCCCUCUACUGCGAACGAGGGUCUGAGUACCCUCGGAGCCGAGGUUGGUCAUUCGGGGAUUGGAGCAAUGUUCCAACUUUCCAAGACCGUCGUACAGAAAAUUGACGCUGUGGGGUACUGGAACAGAGGACCUGGCAGUACUGAGAAGCGUACGAACACUUCGAACGAGCGCAGCCACGAUGGUACAGGUACAGUCAAGGAGUCGUCCAGUUACUUGGGACAAGAGAUAGUUACCUGCGUUAGGCCACCCAAGCACAGGUGGUGA